AUGUUGCGCGUUUUUAGCGUGAAUUUACGUUCGAAACGGUAUAUCUCUCGUCGAAGAAUUCGAAACGAAAAGUAUUCGGGUGCACGGAUCGUGAAUCUAGAUCUCUACAGCGAGAGCGAAGACGAUAUAGUAGGCAAGUAUGCUGCUACUUUUACGGUCACGGAUAAGGUAUAUUUCGACGUGAUGAUCGACGAUCAUCCUGCCGGAAGAAUCGUUUUAGGCUUGUUCGGCGAUGUCGCUCCGAAAACAGUGAAGAACUUUCUUACGAUAGCUACGACCGGUGUAAACGGGAAAACUUACGCGGGCACGCUCUUUCAUCGCGUCAUUAAGAAAUUUAUGAUUCAAGGCGGAGAUAUCGAAAAUGGCGAUGGUAGUGGAUCGAUCAGUAUCUACGGGAAAUAUUUCGACGACGAGAACUUUGAUUUACAACAUACCGGACCGUUUUUCCUUAGUAUGGCAAACUCUGGUGAAAAUACCAAUGGUUGUCAAUUUUUCAUUACAACCGUUGCUACGCCUUGGUUAGACGGAAAGCAUACCGUUUUUGGAAAGGUAAUCGAAGGACAAAGUGUAGUUUUCAAAAUCGAACAAACAAAGACGGACGUCCAUGAUAAACCAGUCAAGCCGGUAGUCAUAUCCGAAAGUGGAGUAAUUCCGGUGACGUCGCCGUUCCUCGUAUCCGAUGAUCCCUACAAUAUCUGGGAAUGGAUCAAAGCGACCUGCGUACCAUUGACUUUCAGUUUCACGGUUCUUGGUUUCUUUCACUGGAUGAUGAAGCAACUUGACGUUUAA